AUGGUUAAAGUCACAGUCGCAGGAGCAGCAGGAGGUAUCGGACAACCAUUAUCCUUAUUGUUGAAACUAAACACCAAUGUCACCGAGUUGGCAUUAUUCGAUAUUGUCAACGCCAAGGGUGUUGCAGCUGACUUGUCCCACAUAAACACCCCAGCAGUGGUCACUGGCUACCAACCAAAGGACAAACAAGACAAGACCGCCAUCGUUGAAGCUUUAAAAGGAACCGAUGUCGUCAUCAUCCCCGCUGGUGUCCCACGUAAACCAGGAAUGACCAGAGCUGAUUUAUUCAACAUCAACGCAUCGAUCAUCAGAGACUUGGUCGCCAACAUUGGAAGAACCGCGCCAAACGCCGCCAUUUUGAUCAUUUCCAACCCCGUCAACUCAACCGUCCCCAUUGCCGCUCAAGUGUUGAAGAAAUUGGGUGUUUUCAACCCCAGAAAAUUGUUUGGUGUUACCACCUUGGACAGUGUUAGAGCGGAGACCUUUUUCGGCGAAUUGACAAACACCAACCCUGACACUUUAAAGGGCAAAAUCUCCGUUAUUGGUGGUCAUUCCGGUGACACGAUUGUGCCCUUGAUCAACUACAAUAAGCUGGUUGGGUUGAUCAGUAAGAAAUCCGACUACGAUGCGUUUGUACACCGUGUCCAAUUUGGUGGUGACGAGGUUGUCAAGGCAAAGAAUGGUGCUGGUUCCGCCACUUUGUCAAUGGCUUACGCUGGAUAUAGGUUCGCUGAGUACGUCAUUGACUCGUUGUCUGGCCGUCUGAAGAACGAUGUCGUUCCAGAUUCUGCUUACAUUUAUUUACCGGGUAUUCCUGGUGGAAAGGAGUUUUCCAAUAUCCAUUUACAAGGGGUUGAUUUCUUUUCAGUGCCUGUAUACUUGAGCAAUGGAGAAAUUAGCUCAUUCAUUGACCCAUUCAAGUCACUCACCGUUACUGAUGAUGAAAAGAAGUUGGUUGAAGUUGCAUUGAAGGGGUUGAAGGGAUCUAUUGACCAAGGAGUGCAAUUUGUCGAUGCUUCGAAAUUGUAA